AUGCAUCGAUGGCUGUUUUUGGCGGCAUUGCUGCUAGUCAAACAAGGAUCAGCUUUUCAAAAUGAUACAGAUCAAGGCAUUUUCAAAGUUUUCCGAGUCUCUCCUACUUCAGAAACGCAUCUCAAGCAUCUCAUUCACAUCUUCGAAACAGCUCCUUCUGAAAAAGCUGAUUUCUGGCAUGCCCCUAGCCAAGUUAAUGGCACUGUGGACGUUAUGAUCUCUCCAGAAUAUACUUUUGAUUUCGAACAGUUCCUGUUGGAACAUCAAUUCCCUUAUCAUAUUGCAAUUGAAGAUCUACGAAAAAUGCUUAUUGAGAAAGAGUCCAUUAUUGAAAAACAUCUUGAUGAUGACAGUCUGCAAGACAUCGAAUUGAAGGAACAGACAGUCAAGCGCUUCUUGCGGUUACAUGAUGAUGCUGGCACAGGAUUCAUGAGUAAAAUCAAAAUGGGAGAAUACUAUUCUUAUCACACAAUCUGCCAAUGGAUGCAACGAAUUGCCGAAAAACUCCCGGAAAUUGCGACUGUCGUUGACAUUGGAAAGACCGUAGAGGGACGUCGUAUACUAGGACUUAAAUUUGGCAAAGAACGACCAGAUAAGAAAGCAAUUAUCUUAGACGCUGGAAUUCAUGCUCGUGAAUGGACUGCUGUACAUACUUCCAUGUACAUCAUUAACACAAUUGUGAAUCAAAGAACUUCCAAUGCCCAAGUCUCCUCAUACUUGAACGACCUUAUCAUUUACGUUUUCCCUGUUCUCAAUCCUGAUGGUUACGAAUUCACCAGAACUGACACUACUAAUCCAAGAGCACGCAUGUGGCGCAAAUCACGAUCACCUGCGAGAUGUGCCUUUGAUGGAAUCAGCAACGCAUGUUGUCAAGGUGUUGACUUGAACAGAAACUUCGGCUUCCGCUUUGGAGAGAUCGGAGCUUCUAAGUAUCCAUGCUCUGAAAUAUAUCACGGACCAUCCGCCUUCAGUGAACCUGAAACUAUAGCAAUCAGCGAGUUCAUGCUCAGCCAAAAGGAACGUCUUCAAGCUUAUAUCACUCUUCAUGCCUAUUCACAACUUUGGAUUUACUCUUAUUCACAUCGUAAAUUUACAUAUGCACCUGAUAUUGCUGAAACAAGAAGAGUUGCUGCGAAGGCUGUUGAAGCUCUUGGCAAACUGUACGGAACCAAGUAUAGACAUGGCACUGGGCCAGAAAUUAUUUACGCUUUCUCAGGAGGGAGCACAGAUUGGGCUAAGGAAACACUCAAAACCAAGUACUCGUAUACGAUCGAAGUCAGACCAACUUAUGAAGAAUGGAAUGGAUUUGUCUUGGAGAAGAAUCAACUCAUCCCAACAGCCAAAGAAACAUGGGCCGGAAUACAAGUAGUCAUUGAUGAAGUUCAAAAACAAUUCAGAGAUGGGAUAGUUAGCGAGCAGAAGCUCAACAGGAUACGCCAAGAGCGAUGCGCUGAUAGACUGGCAGGCUGCCAAUCAUGGUUGAAAGCAUCACCAAAUCUGUGCACCGCUGCGCCGCAAUCUAUGGUCAGGGACUGUGCCAAAAGUUGCAACCUAUGUCAUAAGAUCGCGGUGGCUUAG